AUGGGCUCCAUUACUCCAUUUAACAUUGCCGUCCCAGACGCCGAGCUCAAGAAGCUCCACCAGAAGCUCAAACAAGCAGAGUUCCCCGAUGAACUGGACGAAGCGGGCUGGGACAUGGGGGUCCCGCUCUCCGACAUGAAGCGUCUGGUCACAAAAUGGCGUGAGAAGUUUGAUUGGCGAGCCCAAGAGAAGAAAUUGAACGACCAGCUCAAGCAGUUCACCGUCCCCGUUUCAGUGGACGGCUUCGACGAGCUCAAUAUUCAUGUUGUGCAUCAUCGGAGUGGGAACCCUCAUGCUAUUCCCCUCUUGUUUAUUCAUGGAUGGCCAGGAAACUUCCUCGAAGCUACGAAGCUGAUCCCGCUGCUUGUGAAGGACGAUGACGGACCGACUUUUGAUGUCGUGGCACCUUCACUGCCUAACUAUGGUUUCUCACAGGGCGUGCAGAAGAAAGGAUUCGGUCUGGCCCAGUACGCCGAAACUCUCCAUAAGGUGAUGAUUACCCUGGGAUAUGAGGAAUACGUCAUCCAGGGAGGAGACUGGGGCAGCAUGAUCGCCCGCACCAUGGCACAGUACUACGCUCGGCACAUCCAAGCCAUCCACCUGAAUUUUAUCCCCGUCACACCUCCAUUUCCUUGGCAGAGUCCUCUGCGUUUCCUUCAUUCCCUGGCGAGUGUCCCCUUCUCCGCGAAAGACCGGGCGGCCGUCUCCCGCACGGUGGACUAUGCUCUGCGCGGCAACGCGUACAUGAAGCAGCAGGAGACCCGGCCUCAGACGCUGGGAUAUGGUUUGCAUGACAGCCCUGUCGGGCUUCUCGCGUGGAUCUAUGAUAAAUUACAUUCCUGGUCUGAUAACUACCCAUGGACAGAUGAUGAGAUCUUGACUUGGGUCAGCAUUUACUACUUCUCGCGGGCUGGGCCGACAGCGUCGACUCGGAUCUAUUAUGAGGCUUCGGCGUCGAAGCCGGAAAGUGGGACUACUGGCAACGGCAAACAGGGGGAGCAGACGAUCACGAAGUGGAUGACGCUUUCGGAGGUCCUUGCAGCUUCUGCUCAUUAUAACGUGCGGUUCGCUGUGGCGCAAUUCAAGGAAGAGAUUGUUCAAUGGCCCAUCGCUUGGUACCGUUCUAUUGGGAACGUGGUGCAAGAGAAGGAGUUUGACCGUGGCGGUCAUUUUGCCGCGUGGGAGGUGCCUGAGUUGCUUGCGGGUGAUUUGAAGGAAUUCCUAGGUAGGGAUGGGCCUGCCUACGAUGUGGUUCAGGGCAAAGACGGCUAUUGA